GGUGGACUUAGUCCGUGAUGAUAUUGACCACUGUUGAUGCACCGUCGCGAGCGCAGCCAGGGAAUUAAUCUUGGUAGGAAACCCGUCUACUUGAUUUUGGAGGUCAAUGCUUCCGGUGACUUGACAGGACGAAAUGUUCUCCGUGGCACAAUAUGCGCAAUAGUAUCCGCGGGGGUCCGUCGAGGCUGGGUCUUGUUUGACCAGGCCGAGCAAAGUAUUUGAGCCUCUGGGCAUGAUUUAUAUAUCUUUGAUGACCUCUCUGACUGCUGUUAUUCUUCGCGUUGAGAGCUUACCAACUAUCAGGCAGAGCGUAAAGGCAUUGGUCGCAAGCUCCAUGGUCUGCAAACAUGAUUACAUUCCAAGGCGACUCCUGCAGCUCAGUCGGCUGUUGGCAAUGGAAGAAUGUCUCACCUGAAUAACUUAGCGUUAAUUGUCACUGCCCUUGCUACUGCGGGCUGCUGAGCUUCCUGUGCAGCAGGCCUCGACGCGCGUGGUGCGGUCUUGGAAUGCGGUACGUAUCUUUCUAUCCCUUCCUUGGUUCGCUGCAUUCCUUGAUAACAUUAUGACUACAAGCCAAACCAUCUCACACCCACUUUGCCGACCUAGCAACGGCCACGACUAUGGCCUACUGGCCUCUAGCUCAUUUGUGCCCGCGUUCCAGACAGGCCUUUGUUUAUGUCUCUCAACCUUGACUGGGCCGUGUGGGUGACCUGUGGCCCCGCGUUAGCGCGCAGCAUUCACGGCUGCGAAGAAUGUCUCCAUUUCAACUACACGAGGGACCGAGGGCCUGAAUCACAGUUUGCUGGUGCUCAUCGGCGUGGCUACAGCCUGGGUCUAAGGCGAGAAGCCCCGGAAGGCAUGCUGAAAAUGAGGACAGCCAGUUUUGUCCCCC